UCUCUCUCUCUCUCUCUCUCUCUCUCUCUCUCUCUCUCUCUCCUUUCUCUCUGCAUUAUUGUUUCCCACUCUACAGAGGAUGGGGUCGGCUGGAGAUUAGGUCGGAAGCAAGUCAGAUCUUCCUCCAAAGCCUGGAGCCCUCACGGUGGAGACGGCCAGGGCUGUGCGUUCCCAAAAUAUGACCAGCGGUGCUUGGAUGUGUCGGCAGUAUGACGACGGCUUAAAAAUCUGGUUGGCGGCACCCCGGGAGAACGAGAAACCGUUCAUCGAUUCCGAGAGGGCUCAGAAAUGGCGACUGUCUCUGGCAUCUCUCCUGUUUUUCACAGUCCUGCUCUCUGAUCACUUGUGGUUCUGCGCCGAGGCCAAACUGACCCGCACCCGGGACAAGGAGCAUCACCAGCAGCAGCAGCAGCAGCAGCAGCAGCGCCAGCAGCAGCAGCAGCAGCAGCAGCAACAGCAGCAGCAGCAGCAGCAGCGCCGCCAGCAGCAGCAGCGUCCGCGGCAGCAGGAGCCCUCCUGGCCUGCGCUCCUGGCCGGCAUGGGGGAGUCCGCGCCCGCCGCCCAGGCGCACCGGCUCCUCUCCGCCUCCGCGUCCCCCACCCUGCCCCCUUCCCCGGGCGGCGGCGGCGGCGGCGGCGGCGGCCGAGGCAGGAGACCCCGGAGUAAGCCUCUUUUUCUAGGAAACUCAGCCAAGCCCGUGUGGCGCCUGGAGACUUGCUACCCCCAGGGCGCGUCCUCCGGCCAGUGCUUCACGGUGGACAGCGCGGACGCCGUGUGCGCCAGGAACUGGAGUCGAGGGGCGGCGGCCGCGGGGGAGGAGGAGCGGCGGGCGGGGGGCCCGAGAGCGUCUCAGCUCUGGAACUUGUCGGAUUUUUACCUUUCGUUUUGUAAUUCCUACACACUUUGGGAGUUGUUCUCGGGUCUGUCCAGUCCCAACACUUUGAACUGCAGUCUGGAUGUGGUGCUCACGGAAGGCGGGGAGAUGGCCACAUGCAGGCAGUGCGUCGAAGCGUACCAAGACUACGACCACCACGCUCAGGAGAAGUACGAAGAGUUUGAGAGCGUGCUCCAUAAGUACUUGCAGUCGGAGGAAUACUCAGUGAAGUCGUGUCCUGAAGACUGUAAGAUUGUCUACAAAGCCUGGCUCUGUUCCCAGUAUUUUGAAGUCACUCAGUUUAACUGCAGAAAGAAGAUUCCUUGCAAGCAAUACUGUUUGGAAGUGCAGACGAGGUGCCCGUUCAUCCUGCCCGACAAUGACGAGGUGAUCUACGGUGGCCUCUCCAGCUUCAUCUGCACAGGGCUCUACGAAACCUUCCUAACCAAUGAUGAACCAGAAUGCUGUGACGUCAGGAGAGAAGAGCGAUCCACCCACCCGCCCAAAGGGACGGUAGAGAAAAGUGACAGCUGUCACAGGACGUCGCUCACGGUGUCCUCUGCCACGAGACUGUGCGGUGGGAGACUCAAGCUGUGUGUCCUUGUACUGAUGCUGCUGCACACAGUGCUCACGGCCUCGGCCACGCAGAGCGCCGGCUGCCUGAGCGUGGGUGGCCUCCCCACCCUGGACGACAACUCCACCAACGAGGAGUGACGCAGCAGCGCCCGGCCGGGCCCACCGAGCCUCGACAUCGUCGCUGCCGCCCGCGGGACGGAGGCUGGGUGCUUUUACCCUCCGGUUACUUCUUGCAAGGUGUUUAGGGUAAAAUUUCAAAAAGAUGGGCCUGAUUCCAAGACGAGGACACACUCACCUGCAGCUUUCUACUGACCGGAAGGCUGCCAAGAGACUCUGAGUUUCUCACACCAUUUUAUACACUGUGUUUUAAUGUCUGGAAGUUUCUUUGCUUUCGUUCCGGUCUGGGUUCCUUCGUUCGUUUCCUUUCGCUCUGCACUUGUUACCGCAGGAUUUCUUUCGGGGGUGGCUGCUCAGAGGUAAACAAGUCUUUCGCUGUCUCCAUCGCGCUCUGUUUCUGCUCUGUGCGUGUUCAUCCGAUAGUUCUGUCUUCUGUCCUGUCCGUUUCUAUUAGAGGAAUGACUGCUAGGGCCUCACGGCACAGCAAACAACAACAACAACAAAAAGAAUA